AUGAGUCUCAGUCCUAUUGAAAAGGCAGCUUCUGGAGCCUUGGCAUCCGCCAUAGCCAACACCAUCAUCUAUCCUGUCGACCUUUCCAAAACCAUCAUCCAGACUCAAGUUCACACAACCAACGGCAACAACAAACAAGAUGUCAAAUACAAGAACACGCUCGAUGUGUUGAGCAAGAUCUACAAAGAGAAGGGAGUGUUGGGUUGGUACAAGGGUCUUCUUUCCACCAUUGUUGGUUCCUUCACUCAAAACUUGAGUUUUUUCUAUUGGUAUUCAGUUGUGAAGAAGGUUUACGAAAACUUGAAGAAACAUCAACCAAAUCAUAAACCAACCACGGCUACGGAACUUGCCCUUGGAGCAAUUGCUGCCGCCAUAAGUCAAUGUUUCACCAUGCCUAUUGGUGUAGUUACAACCAUGCAGCAAACUGAUAGUCACCAUAGGUCGUUGCCGGUGUUGGUUCGUGAUAUUGUUAACCAAGAUGGUAUCACUGGGUUAUGGAGAGGGUUAAGAGUCAGUUUGGUUUUGUGCAUAAACCCAUCUAUUACGUACGGAUCUUUUGAAAGAUUGAAGCUGAUUAUCUACCCAACCAAGCUCAUUUUGAACCCAUUGGAAUCUUUCAGUUUGGGUGUCUUGGCUAAAUGUUUGGCAACUGUUGCAACCCAGCCAUUGAUUGUCGCUAAGGCAUUAUUGCAAAAGGCUAAGAAACCAAAGGAUCACAACAAGAAUAAAUUCGGUGAGCAUGAAGAUGAAGAAGAGGAUAUCAAAUUUGAUCAUUUCACUCAUGCAUUGGCUCAUUUGUGGAAGACUGAGAAGUUUAGAGGUUUGUAUAAGGGUAUUGGUCCACAAUUGUUGAAGGGUGUUUUCGUUCAAGGGUUGUUGUUUAUGUUUAAAGAUCAGAUUGAUUUGUUGUUUUUGUAUCUUUUGGCAUUGGCCAAGAGAAGAAGGAUAGCAAAGGCUUAG